UUAUGGGUUAACAACAUUGAAUUGUUUUAUAUAAAGCAUCACCCCAAGACAGCUUUGCACACAGCUAGCCUGCUGUGCAGCAAUUUGUUGAUAUGAUGUCUUUUUAGAGAACAUGAUGUUGCAGGAUCUCACAAGGCAUGCUUCACGCUGAAAUUCAGAACCAGAUGUGAUACCUGUUGUGUUGAGCUGGUUUUGAUCCAGAAGCUCCACACCUUCCCUUGUCCCCUCGCUCCUGGAUUCUGCCCCCUGACGGUCUGUUUCUAUCUGUGUUGGUACGGCAGUGCCCCAGCAAUGGGGAGCAAAAGCAGCAAGAGCAGACUCGGCAUGAUUUUUGAGAGAUUGAGAGAGAGAAAUGCCAAGAAGAAUGUCAUGGAGAUCAAGAGACUACCGAAAAAGUUUGCGGCCCAUCCUGUUGCAGAGGUAACACAACAGGCUCCCCAAGAAGUUAGUGAGGCCCAGCUUGCGAAAACAACUGUGAAAAAGCCUAGCGAGGUCCAGGCUCCCACAGAGGAAAGGGGUGAGAGCCAGGUUAUGGUAACAAAUGUUCAAAAAGACACUGAAAUGACUGGUGAGACCCGGAUGAAAGCACAGACUAUGCUAGUGAUCCCUCAGGAGGUAGAAGCUCAGUCUGCUGUGGAGACCUCCCAAAUUAGUGAGAGCCAGUCUCUUAUGGAAACAGAGUCCCCACAGGGCGCAAGGAACCAUGAUCUCAAUCCUGUUGCAGAGCCCAGAGAAAUGACCAAGGUGCAGCUUGUUCCACCAAGCCCACAAAGUGAUCUCCAUGAUGUUUCAUCCCUUCCUACAUCUGGACACAGCGGUGAGAUGCAGGAUAGUGCAGUGAUGGCACAUGGCUCCAUAGUCGGAGCCCCAGAAAACCCUGAUGCUCCCAUGAUGGCAGGAGAGAGCGAAGUGCAGCCCGCUGCACUGCCUAGGCAAGCAGUUUCCCAAGGGAUGGAUGAGGUACAACCAUUCACAGGGACGUCAAAGGAUAGUAAGACCCAUGCUGUUGCAGAGUCUGAGUCCUUAAAUGCUGGAGAGAUUGGCAUGGCUCCUUCUGUCACAGGCACUGCUGAAGAGACUGAUAACCUUGCUGUGGCACCAUGCAUACAAAUAACUCCCUGUGAGACUGAACCUACUGUUUGCAGUCUCAGUGCCACUACUGAGACCCUGUCUCCUAAAGCCAACAUGCAAGACACAGCUGAACCCCAGGCCAUGGACCAUACUGUACAAGAGACCAGUGAGGUGGUGAUUACUGUGGGAGCCAGGCAAGAGAUUCUCCUAGAGACUGAGCCCCAGCUUCCCACACCGACCAUGCUGGAAACUGCCCGUGUAACAGAGCCCAGUUUCACAGCAGAGAUGACACCAAGGCAUUCACAAAGGUCUCCUGAGGCCCAUCCUGCUUCACAGACUGUACCACAAGCAACUGGUAAGGCCUGGCCUACUGAAACUGGGAUCCAAACUACUGCAGAAGAUGGCACAGUUGUAGAGGCAACGGAGACCUGCCCUUGUCCUGCUACACAGACUGCCCUAGCAGCCAAAGGGGAGACUGAGACCCAGAUUGCUGCUGAAACCUCUAUAGACACAAAGGCCUGGCCCAGUACUAAGUCUGCAGAUGAAACUGCGGCCAUGACUGAGGACCAGGCUUCUGUACAGACCAUGAUGGGAAAGGGCAAGGCCCAAGCUGCCAUGGAUGUCACAGAGGAGACGCAGCCUAUGCAGCACAGCAUACAAGUCACUGAGGUGCAGCCCACUGCACAGGCUACGGUGGAGACUGGCGUGCCGUCUGUUCUGUCAACAGCAUGUGAAGCUGAGCUUGCCAUGGGGGAAAGGGAGCUCUGUCCCGCUGCAGAUGCUUCUCUAAAGGCAACAGAGGAGAUGGGGAAGAGCCUGCCUGCAGCACAGGGGAGCGGUGUCCAGUGUGCAGAUGCCUUUAGAGAAAAUGAGCCCCAUCUUGUUGCUGAGAUGGCACAAGGCACCACAGAGGUGACUCCGGCCCAGUCUGCUGCACUGAACAUGGAGGAGAUGAGUAAAGGGCAGCUGAGAGCACAGGAAACGGGAGACUCUGAAGCAUGGGUUACUCCAAGGACCGUACCAGAGCCCACAGAAAUCUCUGGCCUGGCCCAGUCUAUUAAAGAGACUGCACAAGGCACUGUAGAAAGGACUGAAAGUCAGGCCACUGUAGCAAGUGAAGUAGCCCAUCCUGCUGAUGCAGUUACAGAAGCACCACCAGCUGCCAGCAUCCCAGAAGGGGCUGGGACCACAGAAUCAAAGGGUGGGAAAAUGGGGGCCAGUUCCCAAGUCACAAACAAUAUCUUGGAAGUGAACAAGGAACAGCCUCAGGAAUGUGAGCCCAAUCCGGAGCCAGAGUCACAGCAGGUCAUGGAGCAAAAGCAAAUGGCUUUGGCCCCUAAAACUUGUGAGCCCAUCAGUGACGCUGCAAAUCUGCAAACUGUAGAAGCUCCUCCAACAGGACUUUCCAUGAAUAGUGUGAAGGACAGGCAUGAAAAGGCUGAGGGUCCUGCCACCCACCCAGCAAAAACCAAAGAAGCCCUAUCUUCGGACAUCAGUCCUAGCAACCAUGGCCCCCUCUCUCUAGACGAACCAUUCCCAAAGGAUGCAGCUGAUCCCAUUCCUGCGGCCAUGGAGCCUGCAGCUUCACAGACCCGCUGACCGAACUGAUGCUGCUGCCUUGGUGAUCCUGAACUACCUUUCCUGGCUGUAGUAAUAACCUGCUUUUGGUCAUUCUCAAUGUGUGUAGCACAUGACCCCACCCAGCCCUUGUGUGACUCCAAGAGCAUAAACUACCUUAACUGUCUUUGGGUACAGCUCCCCUCCUGUAGCUGCACCACCAUCACUGCCUUUGCCAUGGAUUUAUGCCAGUAGGGUUGGGAAGUGCAGUCUUUUUCACAAGCGGUCGCUUCUUUAGAUUGGUGCAGCCUUUAUUUGUGUGGCUCUUUCUGUUGUUCAAGAACACUGGCUGUUUUUCCCCCAACACUACUCUGCUGUCACAGAACACCAGCCACUUAAUUCCUGGCAAGGGUUUCCCUCACUGUUCUGUAAAUGAGCCUCCCUAGAGCUCUCGUGAGCUACUGUGUAUCAUGGUGGCUGC